GUUUAAUUUUCUUUUCGGUGCGUUCUCCAAUUUUUGCUUGUGCCGUAUAGGAAAUUUUUAAAAUUUUUAUAGAAUUCACAAUAUUUUCAGGAAAAAUAUUGUGUCUAUUGGCCAAGAAAAACAAAUAUAAUGGAUCAGUUGACAUAAUUCAAUGAAAUUGUGUUUAGUUAUUUGCAAGAAAGCGUAUAAAAUCAUCGGUAAAGCCACAAAACGAAAAAGUACACAUAUUUUUCUCCUCUGCGGACGAUAUUUUCUCAUUACCUUUUGAUGCUGUUUCUUAGCCGUGUGUUGUCGUUGCUGCGGUCGUCGUAGUUGUCACGAUAAGAGAAGCAGCAAAGGCAAACAGUCAAUUUUGGUUUUAUAUUUUGCACCACCACGCCGUUUUGGCGUUUGGAGUUCAACCCGGUUUUUUCUCUGCGUCCACAAAAGAGUGGGAACUGGAUGCAUGGUGUUUUUUUUAAUAUCAAUAUUGCCAAUUCUUGUGUGAAAAAAAGAAUGUGAAAAGUGUGUUACAAAAUAAAACAAGAAAAGCAAAAAACAAAAAAUCAAUGCGUUUGCCGAACGAAAUAAAAAAUAAGAAAAAUUGUACAUAAUAACUUAUUGAUAAAUAAAGAAGAAGCAGAAGCACCAUACAUAACACAUUCUUUGCUUCGUUUCAAAAGCCAGGAACACAUAUUUCCAAUAAUAUCUUCAUUUGCGUUCCCAAAUCCUCUUUUCCUCGUAUCCAUCUUCCGGUUAUCGGCGGCUUGGUGUGUGUGUGUUGUGUUCUUUUUAUUUAUUGCUUAAACGUUUGCAACACUAAAGGGUGACAAGAUGAUGUUCACAGGCACAACACAACAGCAAGAUACUCGCUUUAGCGACAAAGAGAAGAAACUUAUGAAACAAAUGAAAUUUGGUGAUUGUCUAAAUAAACGUGUAGACAUGUCCAAAGUAAAAUUGGACGUUUUACGGCCGUGGAUUAGCAAGAAAAUAACAGAAAUUCUACACAUUGAAGACGAUGUUGUUGCCGAAUUUGUUUACAAUCAAUUGGAGGAGGAGAAAUUUCCGUGUCCAAAGAAAAUGCAGAUUAAUAUGACUGGCUUUUUGAAUGGACCAAAUGCACGACAAUUCAUGGGUGAGUUGUGGGCACUUCUUUUGUCUGCACAGGAGAGUGAAACAGGCAUACCGGCUGAAUUUAUACAACAGAAAAAAGACGAAAUUCUCAAAAGAGAUGAAGAAAAUCGACAUCGUGAACGUAACGAUCGAUCACGAUCAAGAUCUCGUGGUCGCUCUAGAUCUCGAUCCAGAUCCCGGUCACGCUCCCGAUCCCGUGAUCGUAAUCGGCGUGGUCGUGGUGCAUCACGAGGCUCAGGUGGCGGCAGUAAAGAACGCACCCUAACACAAAAGGAACGAGAACAACAGCUGCCACCAAGUACCUUGAGUGCCAUAGAACAGGUACGAUCCCAUCUGUCGGCAAAAAAUAACUCUUCCAAUUCAGAUGAUCGCAAAAAUAAAGAAAACAAUGACAAGUCUACAAACAAUACGGAUUCUUUGAGAGAAACGUCGAAAAAGGAUCGUUCACGUUCCAAAUCAAGGGAGAAGAAGGCGGGCAGUAGAGACAGAUCUCCGCGCAGAGGAAGAUCCCCACGUAAACAAUCUCGUGAGCGUUCGAAACAGAGAGAUCGUUCGUCUCGUGAUCGUUCCUCACCAACACGUAACAAACGAAACGACUCGAGAGAGAAGGAUCGUAGACGUGGGUCCAGAUCGCCUAGGCGGCGCUCACCGGAACGUCAAAGAAAACGUUCACGUUCGAAGGAUCGUAGCGCAAGACGACAAAAGUCACGCUCUGCAUCACCGCCAAAACGGCGAGAUCGUUCCCGCUCUAGAAACCGUAAAUCUCGUUCUAGAUCUUUGGAUAAGAAAGCUCCCAAACUGAGUCCGACUCCACGUAAAUCUAUAUCGCCCAGGCGUAGGCGUUCCAUUACACGGGAUUCCAAUUUGGCUCAGAACGGCCACGACAAAAAGGGUUCAGUAACCAAAAAUCCCCGCAAUCCAUUCGCCACAAAACCCCUACCACAAAAACGUUCUUUGUCACGUAGUCGCAGUCGCAGUAGAGUGUCGCAGGACCGCAAACCUCGUUCACCACAACGUAUGUCGCGUUCAAGGUCGCGUUCUAGAACUCAUAGUCGAUCACGAACACGUUCAAGAUCUCAGAGCCGUUCACGAACACGUUCUAGGUCCCGCAUGCGUUCCUCCCGUUCUCGUACCCGAUCGCGUUCACGUUCCCGAUCUAGAUCACGAUCCCCAUCCCGCAUUUCGCGCUCCAGAUCACGUUCGCGCUCUCGUUCAUCCCAUAUUUCCAAUCAUAAGCGCAAUAGUAACCGACGCUCUCGUUCCGCUAGUCGAUCACGUUCUCAUGGAACACCACAGGAUAACUUUGAGUUGAAGCGCAAUAAAAACAGUAUACAAAACAAGCGUCAAUAUCGCAAUAAUAGAGACUCAUCGGCCAGUUCAUUUGAUAGGGAAAUGGGUGGUAGAGGAGGAGGACCUGGCGGAGGUGGAGGAGGUAAACGUGGUGAAUCACGUAGCCGUGGCGGCCGUGGUGGUUACAUGCAAAAUCGUCGCCGUUCUCCGCCACGCUUUGAUGAUAGGCGACAACAACGGUCACGUUCCCGUCGAAGAUCUCGUUCACCACGUCCUAGAUCGUUUUCACGCAAUCGCUCCAGAUCACCAAGAAGGUUUAAUAGGGGUAGACGAUCCCCUCCUAAUUUCCGCGGCAAUAAUAGAGGCAAUCGCGGUCGUAUGAAUCAGUGGGGUCGUCGCAGUCUAAGCCGAGAUCGUGGCGGACCAGGGGGAGGAGGAGGCGGAAGAGGUGGUGGCAUGAUGGGCGGCGGUAAUCGUUUUGAUCGCCGCUCGCCCCAAAGACGUUUUUCAAGGGAGCGGCGUUCGUCUCCCAGGCAGUAUCGAAACUUUUCACCACAGAAGCGAUAUUCGCCCCAGCGACCAUCAAGAGAUCGUCGAAACAAUUCUAUAGAACGUCGUCCAUUAUCCCCUGUACGAGUAUCACCGCAGCCUAAUAAACGACGUUCUAAAUCGACCAGCACAAACUGGGAAGAAGAUGGACAAUCGGAUGAGGCCAAGAUACCAGCAACUGUAUUUGGACGAACCAUCGACUCUAGAUUAUCACCACGCAAACCAGUCAUAAGCAAAAGGGAGAAACGAGAAGAGAAACGUGAGGAAAAACGUAGGCGUGAAUCGAACAAAUCACGCGGUGAAAGUACAGGACGUUCAUCUGUGGAAUAUUGUGCUCCCCCAGUCAAACUAAUUGAUUUGUCUCACGAAGAACAGAAUGACAAACAUCAUAGGUCUAGACAAGAACCGACACCAGUUAAGACUAAACCUGAACCCUCACCAGCUCCGGUCGAAACUACCAAACCCAAAAAAUCUGCACCUCUACCCCCUGCACGUCGUGAUCGCUACAGUGUAAGCUUGUCAAGAACACCGUCACCGUUCCUUAAACCACAUGAGCGCAAACAAGCAGCAGCAGCAACGGAAAAUCCGGCUGCUGCCGCUAACCUUAAGAAAUCUGCUGCUGCGGACAAAAAAUCUGCCAAGAAAUCUCGACAAGAAAGUGAUUCAAGUUCCUCUGAUAGUUCAGAUGAUAGUGAAGACAGCGAUGACGAUGAUGACAGCUCAGACGAAGAGGCCGAACAGCAAAAGAAUAAAUUACGUAAAGAAAAGGAGAAGGCAGCGGCGGCGGCUCUUAAGCAACAAAAAGAAGCAGCCAGUAAAAAGUCGGCUCCAGUUGUUGCAGCCAAAUCCAGUAGAGAUAAAUCUGAAAAACAAGAAAUAGCUGCAAAAUCUUCAUCUGCCCGGAAACAACAAAGCUCUUCAAGUGACAGUGAUUCAGAAGACAGUGAGGAUGAAAGACAACGGCGUAAGAAAGCCAAAUUAAUGGCUGUCAAAAAUUUGGGAAAUAACAAGGAACCAGCGAAGCCGACAACAGCGAAUGUUAGUAGCAAUAAUAAUGAUGAUGAACGAAGACGAGACAAAUCUGGAGAUAAACGUAAAGAAAUGCCAACUGGUGCUGGCGAUAUAUCUGCCUCUUCAUCCUCCAAUAAACGGAGUAAGGCAAAUGCGGACAUUUUGCCCAUAUCUUCUAAAAAGUCUGUGCAAAAAACAGAAACAAAACGACAAAAAUCAGAUUCCGAAGUUGAUGAAAAUGACAGAACGACAGAGGCUGAUGCAAAGUCCAAAUUGGGUUCACGCAAACGAACGCAUUCACUGACAAGUCAUAAAAAAUCUAAAAAUGAUUCCUCCGAUUCUGAGGAUCAACAUGCGGUAGCCAAAAAGAAACGUAAGAAGUCCAAAAAGACUUCCAAACGCAAUUCUGAUGAUAGUUCAUCCGAUUCCGAGGACGAGUCGAGCAAAAAGAAAAAGCAUAAGAAACACAAGAAGCACAGCAGUAAGAAGAGUAAAAAACACAAGAAACACAAGAAACGUAACAAAAAGGCUGAUACAUCCUCCAGUAGUGAUGACGACGAUGCAUCUGAGGUGACGUAUAAAAAAGAUGACAAAGCCUCCUCAUCCAAAGCUGCAACCGCCACAACAGCUUCCCUACUGCUGGGCGGGGGUAUCAAUGAAGACCUAGAAAAACAAUUAAGAGAACGUGCUCUAAAGUCUAUGAAGAAGUUAGAUUAGCUUAACUUUAUGUGUUAAGAUGUGACACACAAACAACAAAACAGAACCUUUUCAUUUUGAAAACAAAAAAGUUUUUUUUGUUUUUCUCUUUUAUUUGUAAACAUUUCUUAAGGACAUAUACAUAAACUGUAAGCACCAACAAACAUAAACACACACUCACGCAUACACCAAUCCAACCAGUCUCUAAUGCAAUCAUCCGUUCCACAUCAUACUGUGUGUUUAGUGCUAAAAUUUAGCUUUUAAAAAGUAAUUUGCAUACGACGGAAUACCAUUUGUUCUAAUGCAGAGCGGUGCAAAAUUUGAAGAAUUUUUUUACCUUACUAAAUCGAAGUAAAUGUUAGACCAAAAUUAUUUUAAAAUAUGGUCUAAGGCCCGGUGGACAAGAAGAAGAAGAAGAAUAAACUCAUGGUACUUUCCUCAACGUCACAUUAGGACAAAGAUUCUUUGCGUUUCAAUUGACAAAUUAUUUGAAUUCUAAAAACGCUUCACACCACCACCACUCUUUACUUGUUUAGACCUGAUGAUAUUUUUGUUUGAAAGUCGUAUAAACAAUUAUUAACACUUUUUGCAUAUUUUUGUUGGUAUUAUAUUAUGGUCUAAAUUUUACACAUGAAUCGGCCAUAUUUGUCUUGGAUGGCCAAGUAGCAUUAUUUUUUUCGGAAAAAACCCUCUCUGCAAAGUCAAACUUUUUAUAUGCAUUAUAACGAAACAAAAACCAUUGAAGAAUUUUUAUCCAUUUCUUCGUUUUUCUUUUUUUUUAGUUUUUAACAUUUAAGUAGUUUCUUAAAUAAAUAAUUACACGAGUAAAAACAAAAUUCGUCUUUAUAUAAACUAAAAAACAAUUUAAAAAUAUUAAAAAGAAAACAACAAAUACAUAUAAAACUUGAAAAUAUGUAUUUAUUCUCUAUAUACCCCCGACUCCCGUGUUUGAGCGUAUGUAAUUUAAGGAGAGUUAAUUACCAAUAAUUAAUAAUAAUAACAAAUAAAAAUACAUGUGAAAGCAAAACAACAAAACAUGGAUAUAAUGAAAUUGCAGGAACAAAACUGCAACUUUUCUGAUAAACAAAAAGAAUAAUAAAGAUAUAAGGAACCAA